AUGAAUCUCUUAUACGAUAUUUCUGCCGUUGAAAUCGGUCAACAUUUUUACUGGACUCUUGGUGGGUUCCAAAUGCACGGGCAAGUAUUAAUCAACUCAUGGAUUGUACUUGGACUUGUAAUCGCAUUUGCACUUGUAACUACAAGUGAUUUAAAGCCUGUUCCAGAAGGUGGGCAAAACUUAGCUGAGUUCGUUGUAGAGUACAUUCGUGACAUUGCUAAAACACAGAUUGGAGAAGACUACAAAACGUGGACACCAUUUAUUGGAACACUUUUCCUCUUUAUCUUUGUUUCAAACUGGUCAGGUGCACUUAUUCCAUGGAAGGUAAUCGAACUUCCAAAUGGAGAGCUUGGGGCACCAACAAAUGAUAUUAAUACAACUGUAGCACUUGCUCUUUUAACAUCUGUAGCAUACUUCUAUGCCGGAUUAAAGAAAAAAGGGUUAGAAUAUUUUGGUAAGUAUGUAGAGCCAACGCCUAUUCUUCUUCCAAUUAACGUUCUUGAGGACUUCACUAAGCCAUUAUCAUUAAGUUUCCGUCUUUUCGGAAACAUUCUUGCUGAUGAGCUUGUAGUAGCGGUACUUGUUUCAUUAGUCCCUCUUGUGAUUCCAAUUCCUCUUAUUUUCCUUGGUCUUUUUACAAGUGCAAUUCAAGCACUUAUUUUCGCUACACUUGCUGGAGCAUAUAUUGGUGAAGCACUUGAAGGGCACUAA